AGCCCAAAACGUGUCAUCUAUGAGUACCACAGAAUUGAAGUUCCUCUCGACAAAGUUGUUGCUGAGACAGUUGUCUACCUUGACGCUCAACCGGCUUGCAUCCAAUUCCAAACUUGCGAAGCCUGUUCCAAUGCAACACUGAAACACUUCACCUGCUCUUGGUGCCAUGCGAAAAAAUCUCAUGGAGGUCCAUUUUGCACUGACCAAGGAGGAAUUCAUCGCCGUCGUCAACAUUGGGCCGAAAAUAACUGCAAAAAUCAAGGGAAGAAUAUGUACUGUAAUGUUGAUACAGAUGAAGAUGAAUUUGGAAUUUCGACUCCCCCUUCAGAACAACCUUCUUCACCAGAUGAUGUUAUACCGUUAGAUAAAGAGCACAGAGCGGAAAAGGCUAAGGGAAAAGCUGACGGUGGUGGCUAUGCGGCGCUCGUUUUUAUACUUGGUAGUUCAUUGUGUUUAGUUGGAUGGUUGGCUUAUGCCUAUUACAAUCCUCACACCACAAGCGGCCAAUUCCUAAUUAAGUACCGUCCCUCUCGCUGGAGAGUGCCGAGCAGUCACGUACGCUAUAGCGCCUCGGUUCAUAUGUAAAU